AGUUGGAAUUUGAUUAAAAAAACGCUCCAAUCCAACAUGGCGUCCCUAGCAACCGUACACCAACUUCCCUCGAGUGACUCAGAGCCGCCACCAUCUUUACCUGAUGACCAGGACUGUGUGGAUGAAAGACAGUCCAGGAGGAGAGCCAAGGAGUUUCUUAAGGAAGCUGAAAAGACCAGAAUACUGGUUGACAAGUUGGAAAGAGAGAGGCCGGUCCAGUGCCGGAAAAGCAGGUGGACUGAUGUAGCGACAGAGCUGGAUGAGUAUGAAAAAACACUGGUUGAGGAGAGAAGUGCACAAAAGGUGCAUCUAAAGAAGCAGUUGGUUAGGAUUCAAAAUGGCGUGAGAGAAUUCAAGCAACAGCUGGCAAACAUUAAACCAACUCCCAAUUUGAUCGAGAAGCUGAAGGAAAUAAUGUCACAGGUGGAAAUUUCCAUCAGCCAUUUGAAGGAAGAACAACGCUCAUGCUUUGGAGAGCUUUUGAAGGAAGAGAGGACGUGUAAUCAGGAGGUUGCAGCUUACGAGAAGAAGAUUGAAAACUGGAGUAUAACCAUGACGUCGGACUCCAAACCCUCCACAGUUACAACUAGCAAAGCCUUGGUCAGAGAUCUCCCCUUAGAGGUCCGAGCUUUGGAAGCCUUCCUCCAGAAGACAGGAGGCGUCUAUGGCAGUUGGGAGGGGUACGAUCACCAAGCCUUCCUCAAGGUGUGGACCAAGCACGGAGGCCAAGCAUCCUUCAGGAAAGAGGCCAAAGUCUUUCUGCCCGGUAAAAGUCAGGAGGAGAUUGAGGAACACGAGAGGUGGCUCCUGGAGUUGAUUCAUCUGCAGGACAAGAGGAGAGAGGCGAUCCAAAGGUGGAGGAGUAAGAAGGAACUGGAACGUCAAAGCAGGAUACAGAAGCAGGCGGAAACAGUAGAUGCUGAGAGGAAGAAGAAAGACGUAAAGAACCAGCAAAGCAAAAGCGAGGAAGAGAAGAAGCUGGCUGCUCAGAGUCUGGAGCGGUGGAAGGAGGCCAAGACAAGGAAAGAGGAGCAGGAGAAGCAGAGGCGAGCAGCGCUCAUCCAAAAGAACAGAACGGCAAAGGUGGAGUGUCGUCAUCAGCUGGAGGCAAAGAUGACCUCAGAGGAGCAAGUAGAGGGGAGAAGAGGAGAGGAGGAGGAGGAGGAGGAGGAGAAGAUCAGGAGAGCGGAGGAAGAGAAGAUCAGGAGAGCGGGGGAAGAGAAGAUCAGGAGAGCGAAAGAAGAGAGGAUCAGGAGAGCGGAGGAAGACAAGAUCAGGAGAGCAGAGGAAGAUAAGAUCAGAAAAGAGCAGGAAGAGAGAGAGAUGGAGAGGAGGAAGGAGGCAACCAAAAGCAUCAAGCACCUCAUUAAAAGGGAUCUGGACCGAGUCCAAGCGAAGCGUCAGGAGAAACUGCAGAAGCAAAAGGAGGAAGAGGAAAGGCAGGAGAGGAUUAUGAUGAAGCUGAAGGAGAAAGUGGACUGUCACGUCAGCAGAGACCCUUCCAGGCUGGUCAAGCCCACCAAGGGAUGGGAGGAGAGAAUAAAGAGUGUCUGAUCUUCUAGAGGAGAAGCUGUUUUCCACAUGUUUCACAGGUCUCAUGUUGUUUAACAUGUCGCUUUGUGUUUGUAGCGCUGUAAUCCAGUUUGAGCUGGGAUUCUGUCUGAAUGUUGCAACAGCGAACACUUCAAGUUGCUUUUUUCUUUUUUUGUUGUGGAGCUGUUCCCAGGUGGAGACAAGGUCUGUGACGACUUAAGUGUUCCUUACUUUUGUAAUACGCAAGAUGUCAGUCAAAACCUCAUUAAAGGUACAAUUAAAGGUGCAAAGGUGACUUUUUCGUGAUGUUCCAAA